CGCGACCCAGUGGACGCACAACGCCCCUCGCCCAGGACGACGAUGUGCGCGUGAAUCCGAACGUGAAUGUGAACGUGAAAGUGACACACCGCCACACCGCAGCGCCGCCGACAUGAACCGCCAUCGGUGCCGCGGCACCUCCAUGGGCACCGCCCCCGCCGGUGGUGCUGGUGCAGCACGUGGUGCCGGGGCAGCGCUGUGCCUGGCCGGGCUGGUGCUGGUGCUCGGCAGCCACCUCGGCCAGUCGCUGCCCAUCGUGGACCCAGGCCUGUUCGUGAUCCUGGGCGUUCGCACCUGCGGCGGCGGCGCCGGCUACUGCCUGCUCGGCACGGACUGCACCCUGGACAGGGACUUCGCCGCCGACGUCGAGGGCGGCCACUGCGACGGCCUCCGCGCCGCCUUCACGCCCGCCGCGCACUUCUCGUGCUGCAAGUACGUGGAGCGCAGCAACGCCACGCUCCCCGGGGAGCCCGCCGACACCACCACCACCGAGGACCCCGCCCUGGCCGCCACCACACUGCAGCCCUCGGACGACGCGGAGAACGUCAUCGAGACGGAGAUCCGCGUCAAGCCGGCCGAGGGCCAGGACGCCGACAAGCCAGCCGACAAGGACGCCGUCAAGGACGCCGUCAAGGAGGCUGACAAGGUGGCCGACGAGGGUGGCGUGGUCGCUGACAAAAACGACGACAAGGAAAUUAUCAAAAUCACCGAGGAGGACGCCAUCAAAGUCGCUGUCCAGGACGGCGAGAAGGACACCGUGAAAGAAGCCGACGUCAACCCCGGGAAGGUCUCCGAGAAGGACACCGUCGUGAGCACGCCGCCGGCGACGACGGAGAGCCUCCGCGUGCCGCUGGGCCCGGCCUCGGGGCAGACCGUGGUCGCCGUGUCCGAGGACUACAAGGUCCAGGGCGCGGAGGACGAGGAGGAGGACGCGGAGGUGGUGGCGGUGGCCGACGUCGAGAAGGAGGCCGUGCUGGUGUCGCCGUCGUGCCGCAGCCCCAGCACCGACGUCAACCCGUGCUGGCGCAGCAGCUUCCAGGACCGGCAGGGCGCCACGCUGUGCUCGGGGACCCUGGUGGGCGUGGACGCCGCCGUCACCACCGCGGUGUGCGCCAACAGGCUGCUCGAGGCGGGCAUGGCGGCAGUGGCGCUGCGCGUGGACGGCGUGUCCAUGCCCGUGAGGGACGUCGCCGUGCACCCGGAGUACCGCGGCGGCGCGGAUGACGCCAGCGACGUCGGCCUCGGCGUGGAGACCAGCGCGGUGUGCGCGGGCCGCAUCGCGUCGGCGCAGGCCGUGCACAUGAAGCUGAGCGGCUGCGAGGUGGCCAACCUCAAGACCUCCAUCGCGGCGGGCGAGCAGGUGCUGGCGGUGCGCGCGCGCGAGGGCGCGGCCAUGGUGUGCGACGGCACCCUGCACGGCCUGGCGUCCACGCCGUCGGGGUCCUACGCCUCCCUCGGCCAGCACGCCCGGUGGCUGUCCAAGACCUUGGCGGCGCCCAGGACCUCCACUUUCCGCGCCUAG